AUGAUCGACUUUGCCCUGGGUGUGAUCAGCGAGGCGGAAAGCCAAUUUCGAUUUAACUCAGACGGUAUCUAUACCCCUCGCGAGACUGGAGUGUUGGUCCGCUGUUCCUUAACCGACGUGGUUCACGGCCAAGCUAGUCUGGACGAUAACACCCCAUGUGUCCUCAUUGUUUUUGAUUUUCAGCUCGACCGGAUCAAAGCGACGCGAAGGACACACCAGGCCAUUAUCAGCCUCACCCUUCCUGAGGGCAUUCGCGUGCGCAAAGGGGGUCUAUCACCAAAGGGAAGAGUUUCAUUCCACCCACAAGCAAAAAGCAUCUCGCGUAGCAAUGAGAAAAACCUGGCCGCGGGCUUCAGUCAUGGGGCUUCGGUUGAAGGAGGUGUCAAAUCCGGCGAGACAGUCAGUUUGGAUACGAUGGAGUACGCCACUGUCAAUGGAUGGACAACGCGACAACCGAAGGCCAGAGUGAACGACAAGCGGCCACACAACUGCGUCAAAUGGGCGCUACUGGAGAACCCAGCCCUGCCCAAAGACGGUGUCCCUCCUCAUUUUCGUGCCGCUGUCUUGCUUGAGCGAUACAGUGAGAAUAUGGUGGACGCACCCUUCGUCAUCGAGAUGGAAAUCAAAUCCACUGUUGAUCUUAAGACUUCGAUUGAGAAUCUCACGGUGAUGUUCGGGAAGAUACCUCGAGGCUGUUUGAAAGUCGACCCCAGCAAACCAUCUACAGCAAACUUACGCAAGUAUGACACGACACAACUUGCAGAUAUAGUGGGCGACCUUUGGAGAUUGUCUUCUGGUGCUUUAGAAGCUGGACAAUUUUCCAGAGACUUUGUACAGUAG